UGGCACCAUCUUCAGGAAAUAUGGCCUAGCAGCUGACAAUGUGAUCGAUGCGCAGAUAAUCAAUGUUAAUGGGACGAUACUGAACAGAAGAGCAAUGGGGGAAGAUCUGUUUUGGGCCAUAAGAGGUGGAGGAGGUUCAAGCUUUGGUGUUAUCACAGCAUGGAAGAUCAAGCUUGUCCAAGUUCCAUCAACAGUUACCAUCUUUGAGGUUUCAAGGAAUCUUGAUGAUGGUGGUUCUGAGAUUUUCACCAAGUGGCAAACCGUUGCUCCAAAGCUUCCUGCAGAACUCUUUCUUCAUGCAGUUCUUGGAGUUUCCAAUUCAGCUUCUCGACUUGGUAAUAAAACUGUGGUGUUUUCUUUCACGGGAAUGUACCUUGGAACCGCAGAGAACCUCCUCCCUUUGAUGCAGGAAAGUUUUGCAGAAUUCGGAUUGCAACGAAGCAACUUCACUGAGAUGAGUUGGAUUCAAUCUGUUCUUUACUUUGCAGGUUUUUCAGUGGACCAGUCAUUGGAGGUCUUGCUCAACAGGAACAUAACAUCAUCAAGUUUCAAAACAAAAUCUGAUUAUGUAACAGAACCGAUUUCAUCUACUGGUUUAGAAGGGUUAUGGAAGAUGCUGGUUUUGGAGGAGUCACAAUUCAUGAUCCUGACACCAUAUGGUAGAAUAAUGAGUGAGAUUCCAGAAUCAGCAACUCCAUUCCCUCACAGAAAGGGUAUGUUAUAUGGAAUCCAAUAUUCUGUUAGUUGGGAUUCCAAUGAAGAUGCAACUAAGUACAUAAAAUGGAUAAGAACACUCUAUGAUUACUUGGCGCUCUACUUGUCAAAGUUGCCAAGACGAGCAUACUUGAAUUACAGGGACCUUGAUUUGGGCGUGAAUGGUCCGAAUACAAGCUAUGUUGAAGCACAAUUUUGGGGCCUCAAAUAUUUCAACCAGAACUUUAAGCGGCUAGUAGAAGUGAAGGCUAGAAUUGAUCCUGAAAACUUUUUCAGGAAUGAAUAGAGCAUUCCACCAUUGUAGAGGUACCAUCAGUGCCCACUAGAAAAAGAAUAUACAAUAGAUUAGUUACCCAUAGUUAUUUCAUAAUCAUAAAUAAAUGGC